AUGGCGUCCCCUCAACUAUCCGUCAGCGACCAGAUCCGGCAACUGAACGAUGCGCGGAAGCUUGUUCUAAGCGAUGUUAAAUAUUACUCGAAUGUGGUCAAGAGCAUCUUGCAAAUUGUUGUACCAUCCGCUCACCUCGAACUGCGAAGAUGGGGCGCAGAGUUCCUUGCCGAAGCAUUUGCGACACCAGCACUGCCCUUGAGCGAAAAGGAGACCAUGCAGCUCUUUGUUCUCGAAACAUUGAAAGACCUGCUGGAAGACCCAAACGAAGAUCUGCAGGUGUUGCGCAGCGCAAUUCAAGCUUCUGCAAGCAUUUACCCGAUCGCCUUGCGGUGGAUCAUCAACAAUUCCUACGAUAACAUGACAUGGGAGCGCAUGGUUAAGAUCAAGACUCGUAUACUGCGUAUCUGGGAGAAUGCUGAGCCUUCUCUGCGGAUAUGCUGCAUGAAGUUUGCGCAACGGGUUGUGCUGGCGCAGUCAGUCGCAAACCCCCAAGAACCUCGGGUACGGUCGUGCUCGUUCUUCCAGCCAAUUGGUCGUCGUGUAACCAACCUCACAGCGCGUGAUUCUCUCGAUGUUUCUCUGGAUAGUGCCGAGAUCAUCAGACCCUUGAUCACAGACACUAGAGGCGAGCAGCUGGGUUGCUUGACAGGAUAUUGGGUGGACUUCAAGACCAGGCCAGCGAUGCUCUUCUCGUUGAUGCUACUCUGA